AUGAUCUACCCGGAGGCCACCGAGCCCGGGGCCCUGGCCGUCGCCUCGUCGGCCGACCUGCUGGCGGAAUUUGACGAUGAGUUUGAGGAUCUGGCUUCCCUGCUACCGGGGUUCCCCUUCAGCCUGCCUCCAGGGGCCGGGGACACCAUGCGCCGGCAGGCGGCCGCCGCCAUGGCGGCGGCCACGGGAACACCGCCUCCGGCGGACCCCGCCCCGGCCUCGGUGCCGGGGUCGCAGCAGUCGGCCAGCGAGUAUGCCCAUGCGCUGUCGACACUCAUGCUGCGUGACAUCACCGAGAGCCGGGCCCUGCUGCUUCGGCCGCCGGCCAUGGCCGCCGAGGCGGCGCUCGCCCUGCUCCGGGAACAGGGCCGCUCCGGGCCAGCGGCCGCCGGCGACACAUGCAUCUUCCAGCAGCUGGCCGAGCGCUUCCAGGACCUGUAUCCACACCGGCCGGGCUCGCCGCCGGCCGAUGACCAAAUCGCUCGCCUGCCCCAACGAGCAUGCACCCUCCCGGUGGCCGGGACCCCCUCCCCCAGCCAGGGCCGGACCGAUGCCGGGGCGUUUGCCGACCGGCUGGGGUACCUGCGCUAUGUGCCGCUCGGGUCCUUCGACCUGUCCAAAACCUGUCUCCACAACCGGGCUCUCUGUCUGCUGGAUCGCGUGCUGGCCCUUUUGGCGCUCCUCUCCACCGGACGCCAGACCCACGAGUGGCACUUCCACUCGCGGGCCUGGGUGCCGGAUCUGCUGCUCGACAAACCCCCCUCGCGGGACAUCUUUCACAACUCCGAGGAUCAUCUGCUGGCCUUUGGCAUCGCGCGCCUGGGGUGCUCUUUCUCGGCCUCCCAGGCGGCGGCCUCCUCCCUGCGCAGCCUGUAUGCCCCCUCGCGGACCAUGAACCAACUGAACAGCCGGAUGAAGAAUGUCCGCGCACGGGUGUCGCGACUGAUCCGGGCGCACCAUGGGUCGGCCACAUCCGGCCCGCUGGCCGUUCAGUCGGGCGAGUGGGCCCUCUUCCGCAUCGACCGUGCCCUGAAGGAUUCCGUCCUGGCCCCGUCGGAGGACUCGCUUGAGUGGGCCCACUGCCCGGCGAGCGGGUCCUGCCCUGCGCCUGGGGCCCAUUCGGCCGCCACCUUCCAGCACCCGGGCUUUCCGGGGGUCAUCUUGCCGAGUCCCCUGACCUCCUCCAGCAGGGCGGCCCUGGCCCGGCACCUGCGCAUUCUCAAAAGCUUCCAGGCCAAGUCCCUGGUGCGCAAGGUCUUGCGCCCGAGGGGCCCCCGGCGGCGGGGCCGGCAUCGGGCCUCGCUGCGGGCACACUCUGGGAAUGGCUCAGGCCCGGGUUCCGAAUCGGAAUCCGGAUCCGAAUCUGGGUCCGAGUGCGAGCCCGAACCCGGGCCCGAGUCCGCGUCCGAGUCCGAGCCCGAGUCCGGGUCGGAAGCCGAGUCCAGAGCCGGCUCCGGACCCGAGUCCGGGGCACAUGUGGACGGCCCGGGGGCAGAUCCGCAACCACCGGGCCCGCCUCCGGCCCGGGGACCCCCUCCCCCGGCCCCCAGGCCCCGGCGAGGGGGGCGGCCAGCCAGCUCGCCGGAGCCCGGGCCAUCUUCCGGCACGGAGAGCGGCGCCUCCGAGGAUGCGACGCAUUUGACCACGGCCGCCCUGCUGGCGGCACACGAUUUGGCCAGCUCGGACUCCGAGACGGAUGCUAGCCCCUCUUUGUCGGACGACGAGCGGGCCGGCCGGCCGGCCGGCGCGUCGCCCAUCCCCCGGCCGGCCAGCGACCACUCGGCCAGCGACCACCCGCCGGCCAGCGACCGGCUCGCCAGCUCAAGCGACUACUUCAGUGACUUCGAGGAGGGCCACAUGUUUGAGGACUACUCGCCGGCACGGGUGCCCGGUCGCUUUGCCGCCAGCCCGCGCUUUCACACGCCGCAGGGCCGGUCCGCCGGCCGGCUAGCCGGCUCUCGCUCGGGCUCCGGCAGCAUCGCUCGGCGAACGCGCAGCCGCAUCGCGCAGGAGGCCGAGCGCCGCGCGGCCAUUGCUUCGGGCGAAUUACUGGAUGCGAAACCCGGCUGGUAUCUGCCGAUUCUCCUGGGCAGUACGUGGCUUCCCCCAUGUCAACUACCUGGCACUGGAGGCCCACCACGACCGAUCGCACAUGCUUCCCUUGCUCCUGCCGGUGCCGCUGCCACUGCCGCUAUUGACGCUGCUCCCGCUGCUGCUGCUGCCCCUGUCGCCGCUGCCGCUGCUGCCGCUGCUGCUAUUGUUGACGCUGCCGCUGCCGCUACCGCCGCUGCCGCCGCUCCCGCUACCGCCGCUGCCGCCACUGCUCCCGCUGCCGCCGCUGCCGCCACUGCUCCCGCUGCCGCCGCUGCCGCCACUGCUCCCGCUGCCGCCGCUGCCGCCUCACCGACAGCCACUCCAACUGACGGGGUCGUGUCGGGAAUGGCUCCCACCGCGGCAGCGGCCCCCACCGCGGCAUCGCCCUCUCACGCAUCACCUUCACAUCAAAUGCGCAGCUCCCCGGCCACUGGCACCGGAGCACGCACCAGCCCCGACCGCGCCGGCGUCUCGCCCCAUGCCCUGGGGGUGUCGCCGCGAAGCCCGGUCUUGGCGCCGCUGCACCUCGGGCCGAGGGGCCGGUCUCCCGGCCUCGGGUCCGCUUCGGAGGCGGACCCCGGCCCGCCGCCUGACGCCGACAGCCCCCAAACCGGCAGGGCAUACCCGGCGGCCAAACGGCCGCGCUUACAUCCUGGCGGCAGCCCGGCUGGCGGGCCCCUGCCCGAAUCGCACCUUCUUCAGCCGACGCGCUGGUCCCCGAGGCCGGGGUCCCCUUUGCCGGGGGCGCUUCUCCCUCUGCCAGGGCUGGAUCUCUCGUCCUCCUCCUCCUCCUCCUCCUCCUCCUCCCGGCCGGCUGGGCCAGCGGGUGCCCCGGCCCCGGCCCCGGCCCGUGUGCCGAAGCGCUUCUUGGUGUCGGCGCGCGAGUCGCUGGCCAUUCGCGUGGCCGAUGUGUAUCAGCCCCCCCGGGGCCCGGUGCAUGCCGGCGUCCAGGCCGAUGCCCGGCAGGCCGCCACCGGGGGGGCGUCCCUGCCGGAUGGCGACACCCGCCGGUACGCGUAUGGCGCCGCUUCGGCGGCCACGCCCGCGGCCCGGGAGCCGCCGCUUGUCACGCCGGACAUCUUCGAUCGCGACUCUCUCGGGCGCCUGGAGCGCCAGAUGGCCACAUAUUGGGUUCCGCCGGUGCUCCUGAUCCAGGUGUUCCUCAGCCGCGAGACAGCCUCCUUCGAGAAGCGCCGUGCAUCGCGGCAGGGCCGGCUCCGGGCGCCAGCAGCCACGCCGGUGGCGGCGGCCGCCGCCGCCGCCGCCGCCCCCCGUGCCAUGACCACGGCCCCGAGCCCUGGCGAGUCCCGAAUGUCGGACUCGGCCGCUGCCACCCCCGCCGCUGCCGCUGCCUCGCAGCCACCGGGGUCCCCGGAUGCUGGACCAUCCGCCGCCCCGAGGGCGGGAUCACCGCCUGGCACUCCGACCGCCACGGGCCAAUCGCGCGACCCUCUCUCCGAGAGUCUGGACCAGAUCUUCGAGCAUGGUGUCCUUUCGUCAUCGUCCUGCUCGUCGGCAGCCCCCUCGUCGCCGGAAUCGGACAUGGAGUCCGAGCCCGAGCCCGAGCCCGAGCCCGAGCCCGAGCCGGAUCUCCCCGCUGACCUUGACUGGAAUAAGGAUCUCGACCGCUCGCUCCUGCAACUGGUGCGCCCGGCGCUGGUGGCCGCGUCCCAAAACCCCACGGCAUCCAUCGAUGCCUGCCUCGACCGGCUGGACUGGGUCAUGGUAGUGGCGGGGAUGCGCGCGGCCGCCGGGCGCCCGGUCGGCCGGGAUGCCCUGCAGCGGCGCGCCGGCUUCCUGCUGGCCUCGCUGCUGGCCGCCCUGCGGUCGGGAGGCUGA